AUGGGCACCAGUGCGGAGAACGCUCCUUCGGCUGGCGCAGAACCCUACUCGGUGUUGCCCCGGGGCCCUGUCUGCGUAGGUAACGGACUCAAGUGGCAUCGAGGUGACCAGGUUUUCCGCAAUGUCGAAGGUGGCGGGGCCGCACACGCAGAGGAGGGUUGCGACCUUCAGUCCAUCUUCGGCGACCUGGUUGGCGCGGAGGUAGUUUUCUACGUGGGAAAUGUAGGACACCCAUCACUCCGGGUGGUUGACGUUGAGUUUCCCCACUUUCGCCAUGUCCCCGCCGCCGCCGCCGCCGCCGCCAUGGAGACCCCCCUCGGGCAGAAGCGCGGUCCCACCUCGACGCCGCGGUCGCCCGCGCGCAUUACCCGCCUGCAGGAGAAGGAGGAGCUGCAGGACCUGAACGACCGGCUGGCCGUCUACAUCGACAAGGUGCGCUCGCUGGAGUCGGAGAACGCGGGGCUGCGGCUGCGCGUCACCGAGUCGGAGGAGGAGGUCAGCCGCGAGGUGACCGGCAUCAAGGCGGCCUACCAGGCCGAGCUGGCCGACGCGCGCAAGACGCUCGACUCGGUGGCCAAGGAGCGCGCGCGGCUCCAGCUGGAGCUCACCAAGGUCCGCGAGGAGUUCAAGGAGCUCGAGGCCAGGGACACCAAGAAGAAAGGAGAACUGCUCGCUGCCCAGGCCCGCCUGAAGGAUGUGGAGGCCUUGCUCAACUCCAAAGAGGCUGCGCUCACCACCGCCUUGGGGGAGAAGCGCAACCUGGAGGGUGAAGUCCGCAACCUCAGAGGCCAGUUGGCCAAG